UACACGGCAGAUACGUUCUCGUGAGAGAAACGAGAAUAGCUCGAGUGACAUUCGCUUACCGUCUGCUGGAAUAUGAAGAUUAAAUGCUGUUUGGCGCGAAGCUUGUGACCAGCUGAGUAUUUGUGACAGACGUCUCUAUUGAAAGAUUUUACUGUAAAUAUUUAGCUUGUACAAGGUAUUUUUCAAAGUUAUAGAAGGUUUGUGAUUUUUUUAGUAAUAUUUAAGGACUGAAUCUACCUGUAUCUAAAAAGGCGGUUAUUUCAGUCAUUCCUAACAAUGGUGUAACCAUUAGAGCACAAACAGAAUAACUACUGAAUCACAUACUACUUACAGUUUCUAAUUAUUCCUUUCCAAGUAUUUAAGCACCUUUAUUCAAGACUCAAAAUUACAAGAACACGACAUCGUUAAAAGAUGGUGUCUAUCAAGUGGAAACUUGUUGGUUUCAUGUGUGGAUUUUUGGUACAUGCAUCUGCAACAUCAGUGUCCUGUAGUUUUAAUCCUUUGUGCACUUGUAUUACUAAGCAACAAGAUAUCAGCUGUGUGGAUGUACCAUUUUUAAGUUUUCCAAAGAUCCCAUUUAAGGAAGUUUAUCAAUUGACACUUGCAAAAACUGGUCUUCCAGAGUUGUACAAUGACUCGCUUGUCGGCACUGCUGUGUCUUCCCUCAGAUUAAUGUACAACAAUCUAGUGACUCUGCCACUUCGCGCCUUCCACAGCUCAGAACAAGUGAUGACUUCUUUGGACCUGAGCUACAAUCAUAUUAACAAUUUUCCAGCUAAAGCUUUACAGAAAUUAUCUUAUCUUCAGUGGUUGAACCUUCAGUUCAAUGAAGUAGAGGAGUUGAAACGCGGUGUUUUUGAAAAUCUACGGUCGCAAUCUGCAAUUCUUAGCAUUCUAUUAAGCAAUAAUCAUAUAUUAUUUAUAGAAGACAGUGUAUUUGAAAACCUUCGGAACCUCACAUUCUUAGAUCUCGCAAACAACCACAUCAACAAGUUAGAGGGGCAUCCUUUUCCAGAUUCUUUGACUUAUUUGUCUUUAUCUGAAAAUCUACUGAACUGGAUUCCACCAGGUGCACUUUCUAAUCUAAAAAAUCUAAUAUGGCUAAAUCUUGGCGGAAAUCUCUUGUCGUCUCUUCCAAAAGACUGGAAAUUAUCAGUUCGUCAUCUAAAGGAAUUAGAUUUUAGUCGGAACAGUUUGACAAAAUUACACAGCAAUAUUUUUAAUGGUUCUUUUUCAGUAUACGAACUAAAUCUAAGCUAUAACUACCUGAGAGUAUUGCCACUGGGAGCUUUUCGAGGUCUUUCUAUCAAGUGGCUAUCUUUAGCUAACAACCGAUUGUCUUCCAUACCAGUUGGGGCCUUUGAAGGUUUAGAAGCAACACUGAUUGCCUUAGAUUUGAGCUUUAACAUGUUGAGAUCAUUUCCGAAAGCACUGAAAGAAUUGAAUGACCUUAAGAAACUUUCUAUUCGUGGAAAUCAGCUUCCAGAUCUGAAAAAGUAUGAUUUAUAUACGUUUCGAGAGCACUUGGAAGUCUUAGAUCUUUCCAGAAACCUUCUAAAAAAUGUUCCAAGAGAAGGUUUGGUAACUUCCAAACGCCUUCUUAGCCUGAGUUUACAAGAUAACCAAAUCAAACAGGUAAAUGCACACGAUCUUUAUGGUUGGGGUAGCUCUUUGUUGUUCUUGAACUUAGCUAAUAAUCGUAUCAGCUACAUUUCAGCGAAAGCGUUUUUUCACUCGCCAAAAAUACAAGAAUUGAAACUUUCUUACAAUAAUCUUGUCAACAUGGAUUCCAAGAUUCUGUUUCCCCUUAGAAAGUCGUUGAAGGCUGUGGAGAUAGGAUCACUGUUCAAAUCCCAUUAUGAUCAUCCUGAAAUGAUGGCAAACUAUCUAGAUAAGAUUGAGUGGCUUCAGAUGGAUCACAACAAGAUCAUCGACUUAACACCCACGAUUAUGUUAGGAUUAACCAAUCUGAUCCACUGUGACCUCGAGGGAAACAACAUAAAGAUGAUUCCCCAGACAUUAUUCAGAAAAGAAACGCAUGGUAAUCUAUCUAAUGUAAUUUUAUCUCACAAUGAAGUAUUAUUAACAAAUUCUAAAACAUUUAAUGAACUUCCACGACUCCGGAACGUGGUACUGCUAGGCAACAGACUUGAGAUCGUUCGAUACAAAUCUUUCUCAAGUUGUCCUAUGCUGAAAGCUAUUGUGUUAUCACACAAUCGACUUCGUGUUAUAGAACCUUCAGCUUUUUACAACUUAACACGUUUAACAAGUGUAUUUUUACAGUUUAACAACUUAUCCAGAUUUUCCUUCAAUAUGUUUAGCAAUGUCAGUAACCCUGACUCCCCAAUGCAUGUUAAUUUUUCAAAUAACCAUAUCAGCCACUUAGAUCUAUAUUCUAGUGAUGGGGAUAUCGAUGAUACUAUUCAUAUUCAAACUUUGGAUCUGAGCCACAACAACAUAUCAAUGGUCCCACAGGGUUUUUUUAAACGUUUAGAAAUUUCUUUUCAUCGUUUAUAUUUGUCUUUCAAUAACCUGAAUGUUGUUCCUUCGAGUGUGUUCAAUGAAGCUACCUACCUUCAGAUAUUGCAACUGGAUCAUAAUAGUAUUGCGUAUGUUAAUUCUAUGGACUUUCAAGGCAAUUCUUCUAUCCAGAUAUUAAACUUAAGUUACAAUAAUAUUUCCAGUAUUUCCUCAGAGGCUUUCACUGCCCUUCAAAAGCUUAGAAUUGUUGAUAUGAGCUAUAACAGGGUAGCGACACUGCCAGAAAAUGCCUUUGUGGGAACUAAACUGGAAAAAAUUAAUCUUUCUCAUAAUGUGUUCGUUCUUCCGCCUUUAAAGAGCUUUUUUCCAGUUAGAAAUACUCUGCAGUUUAUUGAUAUUUCAACUAAUCAAAUUGCCGUGAUCCAUAGUAAUGAGAUUAGUCCUCUUUAUAGGUUGAAUUAUCUAAACCUGUCCUCGAAUCAGCUAAUAAAUCUAGCGGUAGGGAACCUGUCCCAACUCAUUAACCUUGAUGUGUCCCAUAAUUCCUUUCGGCGGUUCGACGAUGCACCUUUUUACCAAAUGAGGUCAUUACGGUCGUUGAGUUUAAAGAAUACGAAUUUAUCUCACAUUUCCUUUCUUCCGUUAUCAAAGCUAAACGCAUUGUCACUUGCAAAUAACCUUUUCAAAAAUAUCUCUGAAUUUGCAUUCCGCCAUCUACGACAUCUGCGCCAUUUAGAUUUGUCUCAUAAUUUAAUGCAAGAAGUUCCGUGUCAUUUGUGGGAUAAUGUGGCAGAUUUGCACACCUUGGAUAUUUCUCACAAUCCAAUUGAAGUCCUGGGAACUGUAAGUUUCAGCGGUUUAAAACGACUGGUGGAAUUGGACAUGCGCGGCUUGAACCUGAAAUAUUUGGAUUCUCGAACGCUGUAUGAACUCAGGUUUCUGGAGACGUUUAAGACAGGCACUUACGCUGGUGUUCGAUCGUUUCGUCUCCAUGACCUUCUUCACAAAUCCGCUUCGCUCCGCCGCGUGGUAGUGGAAGUCGAAGAAUCAACUUUGUCACAUCACAUUCAAUGGACGUUUGGUGCCAAGCUGCGCGAUCUUACCAUUACUGGUCAUAAUUUGCAGCACGUGUUACCCGAUGCCUUCCUAGGUUUGCAUCAUACCCAUGAACUCAUUCUACGAAUUACCGGUACGGGUAUAACCCGACUACCUUCUCAACUACUGCGCUACCUAGCGGAUAUUAGAUAUUUGACUUUAGAUUUAAGAGAAAAUCAUUUAGAGAAAAUGAAGCCAAGCGUUCUUCAACCAGCAGAAGGGGAAACAGGAGGGCCUGACGGAACCAAACACAUAACAGGAGGUGUCUUGUUGGAAAAUAACCCUUGGAAGUGUGGCUGUGACCUCAUCUGGCUAUCUCAUUGGUUACGGCGAUGGAUGCGAGAAACUUUAAGGGUCCAGAUGUUACAUUUUGAUGCGGUUCUCUAUGUGUAUAAUCUAGCAAGACGAAGCACGUGCAUAAUCCCCGGAACAAACAUUGAAAUACCCAUAAUCGACUUAAGAUCCAAAGAUAUGAACUGUUUAGAAGAUCAUCACAAUUCGGCUGUAGUGACCAGCUUACAUUUCCAUGGCUCUUUUAUAAUCUCUGGGUUAGUAGCUAUGCAUUGGUGUUCUAAUUAUGUCUUGUGAUCGAACGCCGAAUAUCAAGGAGUGUCUUCUUUAUAUCUGCUGUAUCUCUAAAAAUAUCUUACUGUUUUGUUCUUAUUCUGAAAAGCAAUAAAGUUUCGAGACUUUUUGUGUUCUUAAAUCUUUA